AGACUCGGAGCGUAUAGGAGGAGGUUAUAUUGUGGUGGAUCCAGUUCUCCGUGUCGGGGCCGACGACCAUACUUUGCCGUUAGACUGCAUCACCAUCCAGACCUACCUGUCCAAAUGUCUGGGACACUUGGACGACUGGCCAGAUAGACUUAGAGUGGCCAAGGAGUCGGGAUACAACAUGAUCCACUUCACUCCAGUGCAGACUCUGGGGGAGUCCAGGUCCUGCUACUCCUUAGCUGACCAGCUGAGCGUCAACCCAGAGUUCAGCCCAGCGGGUCGCAGCUACGACUGGACAGAUGUGGGGGGGCUGGUGGAGAAGCUAAAGACAGAGUGGGACAUGCUGUGCAUCACAGAUGUGGUGUAUAACCAUACUGCUGCUAACAGCAUGUGGAUAAGGGAGCAUCCAGAAUGUGGAUACAACCUGGUGAACUCUCCUCACCUGCGCCCAGCCUGGGUUUUAGACAGAGCUCUGUGGCAUUUAACCACCAGAGUAGCAGAGGGACGCUACAAAGCUAAAGGACUUCCUGCUGACAUUACCACGGAGAGUCAUCUGAAUGCCGUCCGUAGUGUGAUGUGGCAGGACGUGUUCCCUCAGAUCAAACUGUGGGAGUUCUACCAAGUCAAAGUGGACAGUGCUGUGGAGGAGUUUAGGACCCUGCUGCAAAACGGUACCAAGCCAGACCACAGCAAGACUGGAGGGCAGACGGGCCUCAGGAUCAUUCAGGAUCCACAAUACCGUCGCUAUGGCAACACAGCAGACAUGGACUCUGCUUUGGAGACGUUUGUGCCUCACAGCUUGUCACCUCAACACAUCGAGGAGUGCUGCGGUUGGCUCAAUCAGAAACUGACUGACCUGAAUGCAGAGCAGUAUCACAUAGUGCACCAGCAUCAGGAGCAGGCUGUCAACUGUCUUAUUGGAAACAUCGUCUAUGAACGACUUGCUGAGCACGGUCCCAGGCUGGGCCCUGUUACCAGGACAAACCCAAUGGUCACCAGGUAUUUCACCUUCCCCUAUCAGGACAUGACUCUGGACCAGGAAAUGCAGCUGCUGGACCAGCCAGACAAGAUGUGCCAUUUCCUGGCCCACAACGGUUGGGUGAUGGGCGACGAUCCACUCAGGAACUUUGCUGAACCAGGCUCCAACGUGUACAUUCGUCGGGAGCUGAUCGCCUGGGGUGACAGUGUCAAACUACGAUACGGCAACACGCCUGACGACUGUCCCUACCUGUGGGAUCACAUGAAGAAAUACACGCAAAUCACAGCCAAGUAUUUCCACGGAGUCCGCCUGGACAACUGCCAUUCCACACCUUUACAUGUUGCUGAGUUCAUGCUGGAUGUGGCCAGAACGGUGCGUCCUGACCUGUAUGUGGUGGCUGAGCUGUUCACCGGCAGCGAGGAGCUGGAUAAUGUCUUUGUUACCAAGCUAGGGAUUACAUCACUCAUACGAGAGGCGAUGUCAGCUGGUGACAGCCACGAGGAAGGCCGCCUGGUGUAUCGUUACGGCGGUGAGCCAGUAGGAGCUUUUGUUCAGCCCAGUCUCCGCCCACUGACGCCCUCCAUUGCACACGCCAUGUUUCUUGAUGUAACCCAUGACAACGAGUGUCCUAUCCAGCUCCGCUCAGCCUUCGACGCUCUGCCCAGUUCUGCUAUCGUGGCCAUGGCGUGCUGCGCUACUGGCUCCACCCGUGGAUACGAUGAACUGGUGCCACAUCAGAUCUCUGUGGUGAAGGAGGAGCGCUUCUAUCCCAAGUGGAACCCGUCAGCAGUCCCAUCCUCUCCUGGUGAGGUUAGCUCCUGUACCGGCAUCGUAGCUGGGAAACGGGCAGUAAACAAGCUACACCAGGAGCUGGCUGCACAGGGAUUCACACAGGUGUACGUGGACCAGGUGGAUGCAGACAUCGUUGCAGUGACUCGUCACUGUCCCAGCACCCACCAGUCUGUGGUAACCGUGAGCAGGACCGCCUUCUGGGAUCCCAAAACCCACCAGUACAGCACCAGUGUCCCGCCCAUGUUCAUUCCUGGGAAAAUAGAGGAGGUGGUGCUGGAGGCAAGGAUGGUGGAAAGGAGCGCCGGGAAAUAUAAGAAGGAUGAGAACUACAUCAACGGCAUGCCAGAAUACACAGUGGAAAUGAAAGAGCACAUCUCGCUGGAUGAGAGUACAGUGAUGAAGAAAGCUGGAGUGACGUCAAAAGGGCGUUCAGAGUUUGUGCACGAGAUCACCUUCCAGAAGCUGACACCCGGCAGCAUCAUUGCCUUCAGGGUCAGUUUGGAUCCCAAAGCCCAGAAGCUGGUGGGACUGCUGAGGUACUAUCUGUCCCAGUUUAGCCCAAAGUACAGGAGAGGCAGCGUAGCAGAUGAAAACCCACCAGACGCACUGAAGAAGCCCCUGGCACAGCUCAUGUCUAAGCUGACGCUGGCAGACAUGAAUGUCCUGCUGUUUUGCUGCGACACGGAGGAAAAAGAGGAAGGCGGAGGCUGUUACAGUAUCCCAGGCUGGGAAACUCUCAAAUACGCAGGACUUCAGGGUCUGAUGUCUGUGUUUGCUGAUGUUCGUCCCAACAACGACCUGGGCCAUCCUUUGUGUGCCAACCUCAGAGACGGAGACUGGCUCAUAGACUUCGUCGCCAAUAGGCUGAUGCACAGGGAGGGGCCGCUGGCAGAGGUGGGUCGCUGGUUGGCAGCCAUGUUUAAUUUCCUCAAACACAUGCCCCGCUACCUCAUCCCCUGCUACUUUGAUGCCAUCCUAGUUUCCACCUACACCACAGCCCUCGAUGCCACCUACAAACUCAUGUCCAGCUUUGUCCAGAACGGCUCUACCUUUGUUCGUCACCUGGCGCUCGGUUCGGUUCAGAUGUGCAGCGUUGGACGCUUUCCUGCUCUGCCUCCUGUUUCUGCUCAAUUAGACGACGUCCCGUACCGCAUCAGUCCAAUCACGGGCCAGAAGGAGCAGUGCUGCGCCUCACUGGCUGCAGGUCUUCCUCAUUUCUCUGCGGGGAUUUUCCGUUGCUGGGGCAGAGACACCUUCAUCGCUCUCAGGGGACUGCUGCUCCUCACUGGUAGACACGUCGAGGCUCGCAACAUCAUCCUGGCCUUUGCAGGGACAUUGCGCCACGGUUUGAUCCCCAACCUGCUGGGGGAGGGUCGAUGUGCCAGAUACAACUGCAGGGACGCUGUGUGGUGGUGGCUGCAGUGCAUCCAGGACUACACUACCCAGGUUCCCAGAGGGCAUGAAAUCCUUAGCUGCCCUGUCACACGCAUGUACCCCACUGAUGACUGCGAGCCUUGUAAACCUGGAGAGGUGGAGCAGCCUCUGUAUGAUGUGAUCCAUGAAGCUCUGCGGCGCCACUUGGAGGGCAUUUCCUUCAGAGAGAGAAACGCUGGACCCAAAAUAGACAUGAAAAUGAGAGAUGAAGGGUUCAGCGUCGUUGCUCGGGUCGACCCCGCCACAGGUUUUGUGAGCGGAGGAAACCGCUUUAACUGCGGCACAUGGAUGGACAAGAUGGGAGAGAGUGAGAGAGCCAGGAACAAAGGCAUGCCUGCUACUUCAAGGUAACACAAACUCCUCACGCUGUGCAGUAAGUGACCCGCAGACUCCAGCUGCUCACAUUCUACUGUCUCUACUGUUUUUACUGAAGUCAAAUAAUCAAAAAAGACUUCGCUGAAGCCCUCCAUCAGGUUCAGAGUUGUAUAAGUA